AUGUCCGGCUACGCCCGCAACGCCCCUGUCGACAUGCGCGCCGCACUCUACAACCACCAGGCGGAAAGCGUUCCCCGCCCACUCAGCAGCCAUCGCGGCUACGGCGCUGGCGCCGUAGAAGCCGCCGACGAGCGUUUGGUCGAAGAAGUCCGCGCCCGCCGUGCAGCGCGCGCAACGGCUUCGGCCGCCGCCACCACCACGAAGCAACCACAACCGCCGCAAGACUCGGUCGCGGCCAUCGAGGCCAAGCUUGGCGACGCCCGCAAGCAGCGAGCGGCGGCCAAGCGGCAGUACGAGCGAGCGCUGGCGCUCGAGAAGAAGCUGGAGCGCGAGCACGCGAAGGCGGUCGAGCGAGAGAAGAAGCGGAAAGAGGUGGAGACGGAGAAGCGAGAGAAGGCGAGGAGGCGUGAGCGCGCGCUGGGGAUCAAGGCGCCGACGGCUGCACGUCCGGAGGGGAUUCGGAAGGCUACGGUGCCGGCCAAGGGUGGUGCUGUUCGGAGGGCUGCGACUGAGAGGAAGACAGCUGGUCUGUCUGCAAGCUUCUUGGAGGAGUGA